AGAAUUACAACUUUAGAUAUUAUUUCUCUUUCAUAAUUCCACGAUUUUUGGGGGAAAUCGUGUAUUCUGCUUCACAUUCCCUCGUUAGCUCCACUGUUCUCAGCUCACGCCUCCUUAGAAAAAACGAAAACAAGAGGAAAAAGAUUGCCUUGCUUUUCCGUUAAAGCUUCAAAAUUUCUCGGAAAAGCCUUGGAAUUUAUCUUUCAUGGCAAAUGCGUGGAAAAAGGACAAACCCUCGCAGUUCCACCCAUCCAGGACCAUCUGCUUACUCCUCGUUGGCGCCCUCAUUUUCGUCAUGUUCUUCAUCUAUGUCACCGCCCAACGCUCCAACCUUAACACUAAACCCACCUUCAGUUUGCCAUUCUACCCAAUCACGCCUUUCCAUUGCCUAACGUGCCCUCAAUCCUACCCCGUGAUCGCCAACCUCGUGGAGGGCCUCCGAUACCCCUUCCUUUACUCGCUCACAGACCUGGGAACCCUGCCGGAUAAGCCUCACAAAAACAUUGUCAGAAUGCUCAAAGGAAAACUCUUUCGAAAGCCCGAUAUUUCUGUCUCGAUUCAGGAGGUCCUGGAGAAACUCAGGGGUGAAGGAAGAGAAAAUGGGCUCGUUGUUGAUGUGGGUGCCAAUGUGGGCAUUGCCAGCUUCGCGGCCGCGGCGAUGGGGUUUAGGGUUUUGGCUUUCGAGCCUGUGUUUGAGAAUUUGCAGAGGUUCUGUGAUGGGAUUUAUCUGAAUCGGGUCGAGGAUUUGGUCACCGUGUUCGAGGCCGCAGCGUCGGACCGGACUGGGAACAUUACCUUCUUCAAGUUGGUUGGUCGGCUGGACAAUAGUGCUGUUUCAGCAACAGGUGCAAAGAUGGCAUUCAAAUCCAAUGAAGAGGUAGAAGUUCAAGUGAGGUCCAUCCCCCUCAAUGAAGUAAUCCCAGAAUCAGAGCCUGUGCUUCUGAUCAAAAUAGAUGUUCAGGGCUGGGAAUAUCAUGUGCUAAAAGGAGCCUCGAAGUUACUAAGGAGAAAGGGAAGGAAAGCACCAUAUCUCAUCUAUGAGGAAGAUGAGCGAUUGUUGCAAGCCAGUAAUAGCAGUGCCAAAGAGAUUCGAGAUUUCCUCCAAACUGUGGGUUAUAGUCAUUGCACAAAGCAUGGUACAGAUGCCCACUGCACCAAGACAGAUUGACAUAGUUUUCUACAUUGAAGAUUGCUAUGAGAAAUGUAGCCCCACUACAGUGUUUUUGGUGGCUUACCUACAUGAUUUUGGGCACUGAAAGGCAUACAACAACGAAUCUUCAAGAGUGGAAGGUGAGACAAAUUGUCAUAGGACACCUUUGUUACAGGGUUCGCAGCUGCGUGGUUGAGAGUCAGCUUCCUUGCUGCUCAGAGGAAAACAUCCAUGCAGGAAUUGAUGAUACAUGUAUGCAGAGUUUUGGUAUUGAAGAAGCUGCUGUGCCCUUGCUUGCCAGUUGGUCUUGUUUAGGUUUGUUGGCUGUGCUUUUAUUUGUAUGCUUUAAAAUCCAAAAUUCAUUACCUUUUGUUAAUUGAUAGAUGCAACAUAAAAUUCUUUACUUAUUUGAUAGAUGCCUUGAAAUGUUGGGGAAUGCAUUGAGGUACAGGUGGCCAUGAUGAAUUACUUGGCUUACAGUUUAUAGUGAA